AUGUCGAGCAAACCCGUCUCUAACGAACGCUCCAACAUGUCGUCUCUAGACCUUGGUUGCGGCUCUCAACAAAAUUCCAAAUCCAAACUAUUGCGGACCGGUGCACACGAAGGACAGAAGCAAAGGGCACGAAACACACUUGCAAGCUCUGGCUUCAUCGUGACGGCAAGUUUGACUGCUGGAGAGAUUCCUGAGUAA